CGGACAGUUUUAGAUCGUGUUCCGUGUUUCCGGUCGGACUCUUUUCGCGUCGCGCUCAGUUAAAAGACUCAGCGGAGGUUCGCGGGUCAAUUUUUUAACCAGUUUGGCAGAAUCCGAUUACAAUCGGAGUCAUCCGAACAGCAAUCAUGACGGUGGGUAAGAGCAGUAAGAUGUUGCAGCACAUCGACUUCCGGAUGCGCUGUAUCCUUCAGGACGGACGAAUCUUCAUCGGCACGUUCAAAGCGUUCGACAAACACAUGAACCUGAUCCUGUGUGACUGCGACGAGUUCAGAAAGAUCAAACCCAAGAACUCCAAGCAGCCGGAGCGAGAGGAGAAGAGGGUUCUGGGUCUGGUUCUGCUCCGAGGAGAGAAUCUGGUUUCUUUGACUGUAGAAGGACCGCCUCCUAAAGACACUGGCAUCGCCCGUGUGCCGCUGGCAGGAGUCGCAGGGGGUCCUGGGGUCGGCAGGGCUGCGGGGCGAGGCGUUCCCGCCGGCGCUCCGAUGGGACAGGCCCCCGCUGGACUCGCUGGCCCCGUGAGGGGAGUCGGGGGCCCAUCACAGCAGGUCAUGACCCCUCAGGGGCGGGGCACGGCUGUGGGGGUCAGUAUAGCGGGCGCUCCCACACAGUAUCCUCCGGGCCGGGGUGGACCUCUUCCUCCUCCGAUGGGCCGAGGAGCGCCUCCUCCGGGUAUGAUGGGUCCUCCUCCAGGCAUGCGGCCGCCCAUGGGACCGCCGAUGGGAAUGCCGCCCGGCCGCGGCGCUCCGAUGGGAAUGCCUCCUGGCAUGAGGCCGCCUCCUCCUGGAAUGAGAGGUCCUCCUCCUCCAGGCAUGCAUCCUCCCAGACCUUAAACAUCUGCGGUGCAUCUCUUCCUUGUAUGGGACAGUUUGGCUGCAAGAUCUUGUAUAGUUUGUUUUUUUGUAUUUUGUAAUUUCCUUCCUUUUUUAAAUAAAGCGUCAAAUUGACAUUUGUUUUAAUAAGA